ACGUUGAUCGGGGGCAGGAUGUUCACAUGUUCAGAGUCUAAAUAUAAUGCACAUAAUAAUAAUAUUUCCAGACGAGGGCUGUAGUCAGGAUGUAUGUAUGCUGAAGUCUCCCCAACAAUAAUAACAACAGCCCACUUCCUGACAUCAAAAGGUUAAACUUUAUUAAUUGGUUGGGUUUUCAUAUUUCAACUUGGACAACUAUAUUUUCUAUAAAUUUUACAAAAUUUAUACAAUUUUGUUUUAUGGGUCAAUUUCCUGAUAAUUUCCCUUGAGGUUUCCAGAUGUAAUUUGAUACCAAUUAUAGAGCAAACAGGCCUUUUUUUUAUACAUGUGACAUUUUCUCGUGUCACAGUAGAAAAAGCACAGGUGUGAAUAAUUAAACUAAUGAAGGCUGAAUCCCAUUUAGCAGAUUCAGGGCCGUGGUGUUGUACAUGCUGACUCACUGUCAUGUCUUACAGGGACACGAGUAGAACAGAGCCAUCGUUAAUGUUAUUAGUAACACCUGUGUUUUUACUACUAUGUCUGCUGUGAAUAAAACCUACGGAGGCAAGGUGCUGCUAUUUCACUACAGUCUGGUUGAUAGUUGUAUUUAGUUUAUAAGUUGGUGUUUUCCAGAGAAAUGUCUUUUUAACAAAUGACAUCGCAUUCUCCAGAAAACUUCCUUGGGAAAUGAUGUUAUAUCAGGAAAACACAAAGUCCUACCAGAUUUCAUUACUUUGAAACAGCCUUCCUGACACUGCCAGGAAUACAGCACAGAGUCCUUUUUUAAAUUGUUUGACAAUAUGUAGUCGAAUUUAAAUAUAUUCAUAAUGGGCUCCAACUAACAAUUAUUUACUCAAUUAAUCAAUUGGUCUAUAAAAUGUCAGAAAAUAUGGACAAAUCUUCUUCACAUUGCUUGAUUUUUUCUGAGCAGCAGUCUAAAAAACAUAUUCAGUUUACUAUUAGAGAGUAAGAAAACCAAUUAAAAUGUCAUAAAGUCAAUGUCAUAAAGAAUUAACCUAUUAUCAAAACAUCAGUCAUUUGACCAAUCAAUUAUCUAUAUUCAUAUUUAAAUACGAGAAUCAGCAUAUAAAAUAACCAUCCUAAACCCCCUGAAUUUUACAGAGAAAUGCCGGGAACAUGACCUCAACGUCCUCGGUGACAGCUGCAGCCUUGUGCCCCACUUGUAAGGGGUCCCUGGAGGCCCCCCGACCCCUCACUUUGGGACCAGAGGAGACGUUACACCUGUAUGCAGUGCGCCUGUCCCGUUUGGAAAAAGUUGGCAGCGCAAUGGUUACGCCGCCUGCGUCUCAAGGGCAAAGGAAAUGAGGAAACCGAUCACAACAACAAAUGAAGACUCCCACCUUUCCAGACCUCUCUCUGUCUGUCUGUGGGCCACCCUGCUUUGCUGUAGCGGCGCUGCCAUGUCAGUGGAGGAUAUCAAUCUAGGUUUAUUUAUAAGAGGAUAAAAAAAAAAAAAGAAGAUGCGCCUGGGGAGGAAACGUCACAUUUUCAGUGGGAGCGACAGUGUGGAGAGACUGUGACCGAGCCGGGAAGAGGAAUAUGCGGCACUGUCACUCCGCACGUCGGCCCAAAGCGUCGGAUCAUUACCGGAUGAACGUCCGAUAGCUGGAUAAUGUGAUUUUUUUUUCAGCCGCACAGAGGAUUUAUGAUCGCACCACGUUUCAGUGGGAACCUGGAUGAUCCUGCAGUCACGCCACCCCGGACCCCAUAGACCAAUUUCAUGGGAUCAGGACCAAUAGACUGACGGUGCCCUAAAAUAAAUACAGGGAGGCAUCACAAAGUUUAAACAAGUGUCACCAAAAUACCAGGAUUUUGGGGAUAUGGUGCCACGGUUAGAUAUUAAAUAAUGACUUAAGAAAGGCGCAUGUUGUCGGUGUAUAUGUUAAAAUUACUGGAUGGAUGGUUAUUUUAGACAACCGCCUCCAGUGUCUCCUUAAUUAGGCUAAGGGAGUAUAACAAACUAUCAUUAGAGUUCAUAUUGGGAGCUGUCUCCUUGUACAGUUCAGAUCGUCUAGUGUCAAACGCAACAAAAAUAAAGUUAUUAUUCUAUCACUGAGGAUGCCACAUGGGAGUCCUGUCAAGGAAGGGAGACCGGAGCUUGAAAGCGGGAUUUCUGCGUCUUUAACCGGACACUGAAGCGAAGGAAGGAGACACCCGGACAAACCACCUUCUUUUUUUCCUUUUUAUCUUCUUUUCUUUUUUUCUUUUUUUUUGGAUUGGUCCAAAUUUUAGAUUUUUUUUGGCGUGCCCCUUGGACUCCUGCACAAUGGGGAUUAUGCUUCAAGUUAUUCUAGGAAUGUUUCAGUUCCUGCUGCUGACCAGAAUACCGACGUCUCAUGCCAAGCUUGCCCACUGGCGGCCAGCAGACUCCCCCAAAUCCAGAGAAGGUCGAGAAGUGCGGCGGUGGUUGGAGGUGUACUCGAGGAGUGGAUGUGAGCCUCGGGACACUCUGGUGGAGGUUUGGCGGGAGUUGCCAGGGGAGACCCACCACCUUUUUGUCCCGUCCUGCGUGUCGGUGAGGCGAUGUGGCGGCUGCUGUGCUGACGAGGCCCUAGAGUGUGUGCCCUCGCUCACUCACACGCUCACCAUGGAGCUGAUGAGGACCUCCUUCAUGAAACAUGAGCUCAUUGAGUUGCCCUUUGUCGAGCACAGCCAGUGUGAGUGCAGAUUAAAAGAACAUUUCCAGCCAACACCUACGACAAGGCUGCAUCUGAAGCCACCAAGAAAAGACAAGAAAAGGGAGAGGGGAAAGUCCAGACAGAAGAGCGGAGCCACCAGAGCUGCGACCCAUGCUCCCCCAGCUCUGCCUCCCCCAUCCUCUCCUCCUCCUCCAUCACCUCCUCUCACCAUCUUCCUUCCCUCUCUCUCUCCCUCUCCCUCUCCCUCUCCCUCUCCCUCUCCCUCUCCGUCUCCGUCUCCGAGGCCUUGUUGCCGCCCCUGUAAGGGGAGGAAGUGGGCAUUGGAUGCAACGUCGUGUGAGUGUCGCUGCACCAUCAGAGCUGAGAGCUGUAGCCAGAAAGGUCGGAGGCUCAACCCUCACCGCUGCAGGUGUGAUGCCAUAAGGACUUGAUGUGACCGUCCACUUUCUUUUCACCUCCUUCUCUCCAACUACCCCUGCUAAUUCAUCGUCCACUCUCAGCAUCACUGCCAUGGAGCAUACAGACGCUUGGACAUCCAGUAUCUCAGAUUGAAGGAAAUAUUAGCAGAAGCACACACAAGAACCUGUAGUAGCAUUCUAGUAAAGCAGAACAUGCAGCAUUACAGCCUCAAUAUACUGAAGAUCUACGUGUGUGUGUCUGUGUGCAGCCAAACAUCUUACCGCCUCCUCGCUUCUGUGGAAAAGCUUCCAUCAGUCCACAUGUACAUGCCUGUACAGACGUGUAGAGUCACACUACUCACCCAAUGAGUGGAGGGAUGAAAGUGGCAGAAAAAGGGUGACUUUGAGAGACGUGGAAAUACCCAGAAAAAAAUCUUUCUUGGUGGACACAAGCCAACAGUUGAACAUGCUCCUGUCCUGCUGUGGCUUGGACAUUGGACCCAAGAUAUUCCCCUUCCCUGCAGAGAACAGUGGAGACAGGAAUGAUCACACUAUACAAGAACAACAGAGAUGAACUGGACCGGUCUUACGCAGGUGCCCUGAGUUUUCAUGCUUCAGUGGAAGUUGUGACUUGCUGCUCACAAGGAAACUACACAUGGAGAUGUUAAGUGAAGGCCAAUGUUUGUGCAGAGGAUUUGAAAAACAUUGGGAACAGAUUAUUAGAGGACACAUACUCACUCAGACAUACCAGAAGGACAUAAGACAUGCACAUGAACUGGCACCCCAGUGUGUGUGGACCUAUAGUUUAGCUGAAUGCUGGAAAUGGAGUGUAUCUGUGUGGUCUCCCCUCUGAAAGACCCAGAUGGGUUAUCCCUGCAGCCGUUUUCUCUCAUUCAAAGCAUAUGACCACAGGCUGGCUCUCCAAGCCGCUUUCCGGCAUUUGUUUAAUUUGGGCCUUUUGUCUCCAUCUUUUCUCGGCACCUCGAUUGAAAGCAGCCGCUUUGCCUCUCUUUGCCUCUCUUUUAGGCAGUGAGGAGAAUGACAAUAAUGAGGCCUGGCGGCUGUCCACUACUUCACACACAAACAUUCACACUUAUAACACCAGGAACAGAGACAGCACUGCAAAUGCAGACACAUACAACCUCACUCACUCUGUGCUAUAGCAGACAGACACACACACACAGAUAUAUAUAUAUAUAUAUAUAUAUACACACACACACACACACACACACAUGCAAUGUGAAAUGAAUGCAGGUAGCCAUAAGCUUUUGUUCGCGCCACACUAAGUGUGCAAAUAAAUGUCAGUUGUUUAUAUUUGCAAUUUAAUGCAAAGUCGUCAUUAAGUAUUGUGUUAUAUGCCUGUUUUAUAUUUUAUUAUAAUUCUGUCAAGUUGAUUGAAAAGAUAUUCUAUAUUGCAGAAUGUGUCUUUGUUUUGUUUUUGUUCAUCCUUAAUCCAUCUGCAUAAAGAGUCACACUGGGUGGCCGGCUACGUACACAGUCAGCAACUAAACCGAUACGCAAAUGUAUUGAAUUUAAACAGAAACGGCUCACACGGGCCACAAAUGGGAGACUAUAUACAUUAUAAUGUGUAAUUCAAACAAUCAGUUGGUCACUGUUGUCUGCAGCACUCAGAAACCAAGCAAAUAGCAGUUCCCAGUGCAGUGAAAGGAAAACAUGGCUGUUGUUGUUGCAUGUGCGAGCUGGGAUGGAAAGAGUAUUAUUCAUUUGGAACAUAACUUGUUUAUAUUCUGAAUGAAUCUCACGGUUUAACUCCAUGUUAGUUCACGGCUGCUUGGCUGCUGGGUGGGAACUGGGAUUUGAACUGUGACUGGUUCAGAAAGGAUGAGGUCUUGAGCAACAUGUCAGUCAGCGUGAUGGGCUUAAGCCAGGGGUCCGCUGUCAUGAAGAAGACUCGUAAGGGCAGGACAGGGAGUUGAAACCCCUUUCUGACAACCAUUCAGAGCCUGUGUCCCAUGUUAAAUUUUACCAGUGACGUCUUAGCUCCAUGAGAAACAGUAGCUUUGAAACUCUGUGAUUCAUGUUUGUACUCUCCCCCCGAUUCAUGCCAUCCUGCUGAUAGAAGAAUAGUCACCCAGAAACAGCGUGCAGUCCAGAGUCUGAAUUAAUUAUGUGUCAGCCUUGAAGCAAAGGAACUUCGUUUCAGUGGCUGGUGUGAUAAGCUCUGUAUUUAUACUCUCCUGACAUGAGAUUAUUUUUUUCCACGCUCAAGUCCAUUUUUAAGUGUUUGUUAUUACUGUCAAUCAAUGCUUCAAUCACUACCUCUAUGUCAUAACAUAUUAAUGACCAAGUAUUAGAGCAUUGUUGUUACUUUCUCUGUGUUAUUUCAGACCUCUUUUAAGAUAAUGAUAUUUUUAUUUACAAUUAGCAAUAAGCACAGUCUCCAGUGUAGAGACUCAGCGCUGCAGCCGAUAUGUAGUAGUAAGCACCGGUUUGGAGGAACCUAUAGGAGAUUUCUUAGCAAUCUGAAGAGCAGGAUUUUUCACAAGAGCAGAGCUGAGCUGGUCUUCUGACUGUAGACCAGACACUGUGUGAUAAUGUGGAACAGGAGAUGGUUUCCCAAAACCUUUGUAGCCUCAAACUAAUGGUGACCGUUCUUGGUUUUAAGGGAAAUACACUUAUUCGUUCUCUUGCUGAGAGUUAGAUGAAAGGAUUGAUACAACUGUCAUGCCUGUACAGUAAAUAUAAAGCUGAAGCCAGCAGUCGGUUAGCUUAGCUUUGCAUAGCGAUUGGAAACAGCUAGCGUGGCUCCGUCCAUGGGUAACACAAUCUAUGGAGCAGCACUGCAAAAACUCACUAGUUAACAUGUUAUCUAGUGUAUCUCCUUUUUUUAAAUCCGUAUAAAAACCAAAGUGAGAAAAUAACAUGCUAUGGUUUUAUAAGAGUUACGUGCCAAAUUAUCUGUUGGUUCUGAACAUUAGAAACCAGCAAAGACUCCAGGAAGUCACUGCUCCCAGCCAAGAAAUAUUUUGACUCAUAGCCAUCCAUAAAAUGGCACAUUGAUGUCUUUACACUUCCUUUUUUAAAUGGAUUUAACAAGUAAGAUAUAACAAAUUAAUAAGUGAGCUUUAGAGGUACUGGUAGGCAGAUUUUGUUCCCUUUGGACUAGCCGUUUCCUCCUUUUUCUGGUCUUUAUGCUAAGCUAAUUUAACCGGCAUUUGGUCAUUGCUAUAUUUACCAUACAGAGAAGAUCGAUACAGUUGCCACAACUGUAUCAAUCUUCUCAUCUAACUGUGCAAGAAUGUGAGUAAGUGUAUUUCCCAAAAUCUCAAACUGUUCCCUUAAGUUUCUCUUACUCGCAGCUAUUUCUACUCAUGCAUUUAUUAUUUGUGUAAACUGAUACACUUUCCAGUCUUCUUUUCUUAACAAUAUUGCAUUUUGUCAACAAGCAAACAAAUGUUUUGGGAAACUGUGAACCUCAGUACAGAUUGCAUUUGUGUUUGAGAUUGCAAAGCACAUACUGAACAUUAGUCCACUGGGUCAAAAAAAAAAAGAAAUCUGUUAAUGGCAGAACUGAAGAAGCAAAUGGAGUUGGACCGAAAAGCUCCACUCAUGCAGACAUGCAUGACAUCAAUUACAUUCCACCAAAAGAGUUGUGGUGCUGAGAUGACUUUUUGGGGGCUUCAACUGUUACUUCUUGUGACCAGAUUUUCUUAUUUUAAAAUACUAAUUCUGCAUCCCAACUCUUAAAGCUAUACAGCCUGGACAUAUUAAUAUCCUAUUCAAAUGUCCUGAUCUUGUGUCAGUAUCAAACAUCAGUGUGCUUUGUAUCCGCACAGUCUAUGUUGUACUGUAGAGGUAGCCCUGUUCUAGCCUCCAGUGUCUUAGUAGCCUAUAGAGACCCCUUACUAACUAUAUAACAUUUUAUAAUCUCUAAUAUCCAGCCAUGACCUUGUGUAUGAUGUAUAACAUACAUUAGAAAUGUAUUUGUAAUUUCAUUUUAGCUAUACUUUGCAAUGAAUCUCUUCUCUGCAAAUACAUUGUACUACUGUAGCCUAUGUAUAAAGAAAAACCUACACUCUUUUUUUGCUGCUACACCAUUUGUGCCCUAUUAUGAUGUCUUUGUAGAAAACAAUGCAGUUUUAUGUUGUAUUAGUAUAUAAAUGCCAAUUAAUCGAUUCAAUGUCCACAUGAAAAUGUAUACUGCAUCGUCAAAUAUAUUGAAAAUGAUACCAGGAUACAACCGUGAUGUUACAGAUGUUAUUAAAGGAAAUGUCUUAUUUUUCAUAUAAA